AUGACUCAAAUCCUCGACGUCAACCCCGAGUUCGUCGUCCGCCUCGGCCAAAAUGACAGCAGCCUCAGUGCCCGCGACAUUGAGGAAAGAAACAAGUCCGGCGUCAUCUGCAACAUCCCCGGCGACAAAGGCGGACGAUGCUCGACUGUGACCAUCAUGCAAGGAAUCGACUACCUGAAGGGACUUACCGGCGUGUGCGGCGUUGCCGCCGGCCCGCGAGUGUGUGCUCGCAUCAGCUGCUCCUACAACGCUGCUAUCUGGCUGUGCAAUGAUAACGCGUGGUACAUCCAGCCCAGCUGUAGCUACCUGGGAACAUAUGCGGAGGAUAUUGUGUCGACCUGUGCCCAUGUGGACUUCAACUCUGGGACCAAGGGCUGGGGGACGCAGUGGAGUGAUACGGUGAAUGGGCAGGAGUUUGAUACGGAUAAUUAUAACGUUAUUGUGGGGGUUGACUCUUGCUAG